UAUUCAACCGCAAUUGUUAUCAAAUCUCGAAAAAUUUUCUUCUCUCUGUAGCGAUUGAUAACUUAUUAAUAAGUUGUCAGGUACAGCAGAGUUCAGUUUGAUAUACACAUAUUAACACUUCAUAAAGAAACAUGGCCGGAAUCACUCAAGUCUCUUCCAAUAAAUGUUUUGGUGGCCACCAAAAAGUUUACUCCCAUGAAAGUGAGGAACUUAAGUGUAAGAUGAAUUUCUCUGUGUACUUGCCUCCAAAAGCCGAAGAUGCUGGUGUGAAGUUGCCUGUUAUCUAUUGGCUUUCGGGACUGACUUGCAAUGAACAAAAUUUUAUCCAAAAAGCUGGAGGUCAAAAACUAGCUGCUAGUCAUGGAUGCAUUAUUGUCUGUCCAGAUACAAGCCCAAGAGGUUGCAAUAUUGAAGGGGAAGAAGAGGGCUGGGACUUUGGUACUGGAGCUGGCUUCUACGUAGAUGCUACAGAAGAGAAAUGGAAAAUGAACUACCGAAUGUUUUCAUAUGUUACAAAAGAGUUGCCUCUGCUGAUUUCAUCAAACUUUCCUGCUGACCCAAGUCUAAUGUCAAUCAUGGGGCACAGUAUGGGAGGACAUGGAGCCCUCAUUUGCGCCCUAAAGAAUCCAGGGCUGUAUAAAAGUGUAUCGGCGUUCGCUCCAAUUUGCAACCCAGUCAACUGCCCAUGGGGUGAGAAAGCAUUUUCAGGCUACUUGGGAUCAGAUAAAAAUAUAUGGAAAGAGUGGGAUGCCAGUUGUUUGGCUGCAACCUAUCAGGGUCCUCCACUUCAGAUUUUUGUUGAUCAGGGUGAAGAAGACCAAUUUCUCAAGGACGGGCAACUGCUUCCCGACAACUUGGUCGAAUCUUGUGCCAAAGCCGGCGUGCCAAUCAUUCUACGGAAGCAGGCUGGAUACGACCAUAGCUACUACUUCAUUGCAACCUACCUUGAAGAUCAUUUUACUCACCAUGCAAAGUUCCUCCAAUAAGGUCAGAAAAACUUGCUUGAAUAGUAGCUCGCAGUGUAGAUUUGUUUGUGUUUAUUAGAACUAUAUUCAAUAUUGUCAUUGGCUUGAAAAUGUAAUGAGGUGGAGGGCUACACUUUUGGCACUGCUCCAAUAAGGCUGUGUAAACAAAAAUAUACAUCCGGUAUAAAAGAGA